UCAAUAAUGGCGGAUUACCAGUCGCCGCGAGCAGAAAAGAGCAGCUCCAGCGCAAUGAAGAGAAAGAAGAAGAGAAAGCUUAUGGAUUUGGAGAAGAAGCACGAGGAAAUGGCUUCGAAAUCAUCUCGUAUACGUCAAUCAGACGGUUUUGUAAAUGAAUCAAUAGAAGAAGAUAUGGAAACAACAACGGAGUUGCUCCAGGAUUCCAUUCCAUGGAGAAAUUUGCAGCUAGUUUUAUCAUUACAGAAGAAGACUAUCGAUAUUGAAAAAAAGGUGGAGCUGGCACAUAAGUUCGUAAAAUUGAGUUCAAGUCAAGUAGCAGAUGACACAACCCAGUCGUCAGAAGCUGUUAGCUUUGAAAGAGCAAUUAUUUUUCUCAACAAUUGGGUCCAGUCAACAUUAAUCUCUUCAGAAAAAGAAAUUAGGGUUGAAGUGCUUAAGCCUCAGUAUGGUGUAAGUGGGUCUUGUUUAGAUUAUAGAUGCUGGGAAAUUUUAAAGUUCUGCCUGGAGGAGGGUACGAAACUACAUGUUUCAAUGAGCUUUGCUCGGGACAUCUUAAAAGUUCUUCAAUGCAUCGCCAGGAACAUGGAAAUCAAGGAUUUGAAUGAUGAUGAAGUGACAUUAUAUGAUACAAUGCUUGAUUGCGUUUCAGCCAUUUUCACAUCACAUGGUGGGGUUUCCAAUGAAAGUUUGGAUUUGUGGAUUUUGCUGGUUGACACUUUACUUGAGCUUGUUUUGGAAAUUAUUACCAGCAAACUUGACUGUAGCAAAACGGGCACAAUCAUCUUGAAUUGGACAUGCUUAGUGCUUCAGCCAUUCACCAAGUUUUUGAGGCUUCAUCCUAACCGGAAAAACGGUUUUCAUGAUUUUGUGGAUCGGCUUUUGGAACCUUUGCUGUGCCUGCUGCAUGUGUUACCCCCUUCUGUUCUUGCCAGUAAAUCUGCUUGGAUGAGUAAAUUAUUGAAGUUAAUUGAAGAAGUUUUGACUCAGGGAUUGUUUCAUCCCUCACACAUUGAUGGAUUUUUGACCUUACAGAGCUUAGCUAAGUAUAAACUCUCUGAUGAUGGGAAGCCAAAAGACUCGAAAACAGUUAUCAAAAGUUAUCACAGACACUUGUUUGAUAGGCUGGGAAGGAUAGCGGUGGAGAAGAAAGCCUUGGCGUUAUUUGGUGAAGGGGGGCUUUUUCGCUUGUAUGUCCGCUGUAUCAAAAGACAAGAAGGUGUAGAAGUGACUGAAGGUUGUAGCAAAUUAACUGAUGAUUUUUCAGGUGAAAUGUUUAAAAGGUCCUCUGGUAGCCAUAAUGAACUUCAUCAUGUAUCUGCUUUAAAUGCGGAGAUUCGGAAGUCGCUAUUUGAUUUCUUUGUACAGAUUAUGGAGCCUUUCUUAGGUGACAUUGAUGCGUACCUUCAAGAUGAAGUGGAAGUAGGAUCCGUGUUGGAAGAUGUUCAUUGCACACUCAAAUCAACCAACUCAGUUCUUGUCAGCUUAAUGCAAGAGAAAGUAUAUGUAAGGGUAGAUGACACAUCUGAAGGGGCUUGUGCUAAUUUCUUGAAACUAAUCUGUGAUAAAAUAAGCUUACUUUCUGCCAAAGUAGGUCAGUUAGUGCCAUCAACUUUUGAUGUAAAUAGUGGAACAUGCAAGGAGUUGGUGGAGGUGGUAGCGAAAGAGCUUAUUUUAUGCUUACACUAUUUACUGGAAAUUGAUUAUGAGGUUCUUGGGAGUGAUCUAGAAAGUUUGUGGCUUUUGAUGUUCUCAUAUGGGACCCUUGGACACCCUUCGACUGACUUGCAGGAUAAGUUGGUGGUAAUUCCAGAAAUACUUCAUCUUGGAUGCCACAUGAUCAACCUUUACAGCGAGCUUCGUCAGGUGGGUACUUCUGUUUUUGCACUCUGUAAAGCAAUCAGAUGUAUGGUAUCAUCUGUAAGAGACAUUGAAGCCGAUCAUUCCGAAUCUUGGAGAUCCUAUCACGAGUCAUGGACAAAGUCAUUGCGAUUGAUAAUAUGCUCACCAGAGUUGAGGCUUUCUAUUCAUAAUGCUGUAAAGUCCAUACCGGAAGGGCAAGUAAGUUUGUCUAUUCGAGAAUUAGCUACUGAUCUCUCUAAAUCCCUUGAAUGGAUGAAGGGUAAUAGUCCAUUGUCUACUGAAAGUGGUUUAGAAAAUUCAUGUGAAGAUGGUUCUAGCUCUUCGUGCUUCCAUUUGAAAGCAGAAGUUCUUGGUAGCGGUUUAUCCGAAGUGUAUGCUUUAGUUCUGGAUUCGCUAAUGGUCACUACUGGUAACAGUAGUCUUGUUGGAGUUUCUCUAAAUGCUUUGAUGACGGUAAUCCGUCCUAGUAUGAGCAUUUUGAUUACACAACCAAGGGAUGGAGUUUAUGAGUUUCUGUCUGUAGUUUUUGGAAGGAAGUUCUCCAAUCAAGUCAGAUGCAAAGAUGAAACAUUGCCUGCUCAUUGGCUUUUUCUUUUCUUUUUUCGUUUGUAUAUGUCCUGUAGAAGCUCAUACCGUCAGGCAGUCAGUCUUGCACCUCCAGCUACAUCUGAAAAGAUGUCAAAAGAGAUGCGAGAUUCCUCUACAGCUUAUUCUGGAAAUGAUUGGUUGGAGAAGACGGAAAAGGACAAAGGCUAUUUUUCUUGGAUCGUCAAGCGUCCAGCUUCUCUUCUUCUCACUAUAGAAGCAAUUUCAGGCAUUUGUUCUAAAGAAAGCUUGUCAGAUCUUUCCCCUCUAACGUACGUUAUGAAUGCUAUGACUCUUCAGAGGCUUGUUGACUUGAAUAGGCUGAUCAAUUCAUUCGAGUUUUUGCUCAAGAGGAAUGAGAUGAUAAUUGCCAAGGCUAACAAAGAGGAUGGUACUUACAGUAAACAAAAUAAACGGUUGCGGAAGUGCCUUACAAAGUUAGCAGAAGAGGCAACAGGUCUUACAAGUUUUAUGAUGGGACACCUCUCUUUAUUGAGUAAAUGCCAGCCGAAUUAUCCAUCAGCAGAAGAUGAAUGGAAUUUUGCUGUUGCUGCAAUAGAUAAGAAGUCAUUGCCUUCUGCAUUUUGGUACAUUAUUUGCCAGAAUAUUGAUAUUUGGAGUACCCAUGCAGCUAAGAAGAAAUUGAAGAUGUUUCUCUCACUUCUUCUUCAAAAUUCUCUUCCACACCUAGGCAGCAAUUUCAAGCAAUUUGGAGAGCUCAAUGCCAAUAAAGCUGGAGGCUUGAAGACAGUCACACCACGUGAAAUCUCAUUGGAGCUUCUAAGCAACACAAUGUUAUAUGAGGAAAAAUUUGUGCGGAGGCAUAUGGCAUCAAGGUUUUGCCGGUUCCUUGACGAGUUGGUGUCACCAUUAUUUAGCAAUGGAGUAGAUAUUGAAUUGCAAUCACAACCUAAUUGGCCUGAGGUUUUAAGUUCUCUUACAAUCCCAUCAGUUGUUUCAAACAUUAUCAAUGUGGUGAAUGAUGGUUCUUCAAGGGAACCAUCAUUUUCCCUCUCCAUCAGGAAAAGCUGCAGUGAGCAAGAAGUUGAUCUAUCAAGUAGGAUGAUGUAUACAAUCUGUCAAAGUUCACUCAAUUUUCUCUGUUGGAUGCCGAGACGAUGUAUAAGUUCUAAAUCAUUCUCUCUCUAUGCAACUUGUAUCUUAAACCUUGAAAGGCUUUUAGUUGGCACUUUGUUGGGUAAUAAUGACGCUCCUUCAUUGAAUGACCAGUAUGAGCUCCUACAGCUCCUCCUUUGCUGCCGCAAAACCCUGAAACAUCUGAUGGUUACAUUUUGCGAAGAGAAUAUGGAAGUCAGUCAAAAGUCACUUGGUGCCAUACACUUUGGAGGCGAGUUUCCUGCUUUGUGGCUUUUAAAGUCGUUACUCUCAGUGCAGCAUGCAUUUUCUAAAGAUGGUGACGCCCAUGUGAAGGAUAUGAUGUUCUCGCUGAUGGAUUACACAUCAUAUGUGUUUUUGACACUCAUCAAGGGUAGUCUUACCCAUGCAAGUCAUUAUCUUAUAUCUGCUAGGGAAGCUUUUCCACAGAAGGCUGUAUCUGGUUUUGAUCAAGAAGAUAGUGGUCAUUCUAGGUCUAGUUCUUGCUUGGAUCAAUCAGAAAGAAUCGAUGCAUGCAACUUUAUGAUCCAUGUAGCUGAGGCAUUAAAAGAUCAAUCACAAGUUAUGAUUACCUCUAAAAAGGAAACCAUUUAUUGUGGAACAGCAAGAGGCUUUGCGGAUGUUUAUAAUCUUCAGAAGCUUUCAUCUAUUAUUUCUUGCUUUCAGGGAUUUUUGUGGGGCCUCUCAUCUACACUAUGCCAUAUGGACACACAGAAUAGUAAUCUUAAAGCCAUAUUUCUUAGAAGAAAUUUUGAACCGGUUGACAAAUUAAAACUCUGCAUAGAUUCGUACACAACUUUUAUAAACAAUUUUUUGUGCGAGUUGAUUCUUCAAGAUGAUAAGGGACUUAAAAUUUUAUCAGAUUCUCAAGCUUCUCCAGUGAGGCUAUGUAAUGAAGACUUGUUGGUGGCGAAGGCUUCUUCUGUAGUUUCUCCUGACAGUUUUGACAUAUCGGAUCAUAGAGAGGCAAAGACCUCUAAAGUCUUGGAGAAGAGGUUCAGUUUAGAAAAUGUUGAUAUGGGCAGCAUGUAUCUAAAUAACUCCUUUUUGCGCAGCCUUGUAGACGGAGAAAAUCUUGAAGCCGCAUUUUUCCUCAGACAGCUAUUUAUUGCCUAUUCAGCCUUGCUUAGGCUGAAUUUACAGAUAAAGACUUCCUUGUCGUUAAACUUGGUAAAUACGUUUAUAGGCAUUUCAGAAAUUUUGUUACUGGAGUUCUCAAACAACACGGGAACAUUAUCACAAUUUACUUUCGUAUUCUUGGAUGGAAUUGGAAAGUUUCUUGAAGAAUUCGCAAACCAUCUUUCUUUAACUAAUCCCACCUUGCCAAUAAAUGUCUAUGCAAGAUUUAUUGAUUUGCACUUGAAGGCCAUUGGGAAAUGCAUUUCAUUACAAGGAAAAGUUGCGACUCUAGAAUCUCACGAGACUGAAUCAAGUAUGAAGACUAUGAAUGGUCCACUUGGGUUCUCUGAAUGUGCAUAUUCUAGUGGUCCUUCUAGCUUAGAUGAACUCAAAAGCAGGUUAAGGAUGUCAUUCAAAGUUUUUGUCAGAAAACCAUCAGUGUCAUACAUAUCCUCUGCAGUGCAGUCUAUUAAAAAGGCGCUGAUUGGGCUGCAGAAAGGCUCCAUGGUAAAUUAUCAAAUAUAUACUGGGAGUUCAGGCGGAGGAGAAGUUUCUUCAGUUGUUGCAGCCGGCAUUGAUUGUUUUGAUUUAGUUCUUGAAGCCAUUACAGGGCGGAAGAACCUGAGCACAGUCAAAAUGGAUAUCUUGGGUUCAGUUUCUUGCCUCUUCAACAUUAUUACGCAUUUACAGGGCCCAGGAAUCUUUUACAAGGAUCCCGUUUUGGAUAUACAUUAUUGUGCUGAUCCGGAUCCAGGAUCUGUUGUUCUUAUGUGUAUUGAAGUACUCACAAAAGUGUCAGGAAAACAUGCUCUUUAUCAAAUGGAUGCAUGCUAUGUAGCACAAGCACUGAGUAUUCCGGCUACACUUUUCCAGAAUAUUCUCCACCAUAGAACAUCUGAAGCUUCUGCUCAAUCUGCUUUCCUGAUGUUCUCUGAUACAGAAACUAAGAAUGAGAGCAUGAACGCCAAGCUUUUCGAUCGACAAUAUUCAAUUGAACUAUAUGCAGCUUGUUGCCGGAUGUUGUACACUUUCCUUAGGCAUCACAAAAGGGAAAGUUUACAGCACAUUGCGCUACUUCAAGCUUCUGUUUCUGUUCUUCUUCAUUGUUUGGAGAUGGUAAACAAUGAGCAAGAUGGGCGAAAAAGCUGUGUUGUAUGGGGGGUACAAGAGGGAGCAAAAUGUGGUGCUUUUCUUCGAAGAAUUUAUGAAGAGAUACGACAACAAAAAGAUGUUCUUGGUCAGUAUUGUCGCCUGUUUUUAUCCAGUUACAUAGUGGUGUAUUCAGGAUGUGGUCCCCUGAAAGUUGGCAUCAAGAGGGAAGUCGAUGAAGCUUUGAGACCAGGUGUUUAUGCUUUGGUAGAUGCUUGCUCACCAGAUGAUCUGCAGUAUAUCCAUACCGUUUUAGGAGAGGGUCCAUGCAGAAACACUUUGGCAAAUCUACAACACGAUUACAAAUUGAAUUUCCAGUACGAAGGAAAAGUGUAACCGGAUGCUUCUGGAUGUUUUCUUCUCGGUAAGUCGAUUUGCAUUACUUUAUAUGGUAAGAUUACACAAAUGAUAUCUAUUAGACAUCCAAUGACUGUAGCUGCAUCUAUUAAUCUUCUUGAAACCCAACCGGAUUGUAGAUUGUUAUGUUAGGCAACAGAAGACCGAUUGUCAAACGGGUUUUUACCCAUAGGCCACGUUAACAACCCCCUCCCCCUCCAACAACAAAAAAAACCCUCGUAUAUCAGGAUGUGACAAGAGGGUGUUCCAACGUGAGAUAUAGCAUAGGGUCCAAAUUUAUGGAGCUGAAUACACAUACCCAAUUACAUACGUUUUAACCUUUAGCCCUGUUGUAAUGUUACAAGAAUCAUUCAAUUUAAGUGAAUUUUAUAUGUUAAUCUGUCAUUUUAAGACAUUCUUGUGGUUCUAUUCGUCAAACGGGGUUUUUAGGGUUCCAAUUGGGUUUGUUUCAUUACAUUUGGUAUUGACAUGAUACAGAUAAUGUAAUGUUGUUAAACAUACAUGAAUCAAUUUUUAUAAAUAUAUAGGUUGACAAUUGUUUUAAAUUUAUGAAAUGUUUGUUUGUAUGGGAUAUGAUCAAAUAGUGAGGAAACCAUAGAAACAUGA